AGGCGGCGCUUGUGGGGCGUGGGACUCCAGACAAAGAAGACACACACACACACACACACAACGCUCACACACGCACGACAAGACUUGGACAGCUGGAAACAAUCUUCAACUCCUGGGACUACUUUUUCUUUUUUUUACCUCCUGGCUAACAAAGUUGUCAAAAAAAAGGGGUGGGGGGAGCUGUGUGUUUUCCAGCUGUGCGGAUCCAUAAGUUGUGUUACCAUAUGUUGCGCGUAAAUGUGUGUGCGUGUUAACGUGCUUGGGAUGGCAAAGAGGGGCUGGCUUUGCUCUUAGCUCUCCGCCAUGGGGGGUUGCCAUAGUUACCCCACCGCCACCAAAGGGGACGGCAACGCUCCUCCCGACGUCUGUGAUGGAAAAUUGGGAAUCAACAACAACAUCCUGGAAGCACGUCCGUACCUCCAGCAGGAGUUGGCGAGCCAGCACAUCAACAACAUGGACAUGUGCGCGCUCACGUCGCUGCCGCCCGGCGUGGACAAGGCCGAGUGGUUGGCCAGCAACACGGUAUCGUUUUUCAAGCACAUAAACCUGUUCUCCAGCGUGCUGUCUGAGUUCUGCACCCCCAGCACCUGCCCGACCGCCUGCGGACCGGGUGACACAAUUUACGUUUGGACUGAUGACCAUGGCAGGAAGCUGAAGUGCUCGGCUCCUCUGUACUUUGACUACGCCAUGUCCUACAUUCAGGACCUGCUCACAGAUGAAGAGGUUUUCCCCACAAAAGCAGGCUCAGUGUUCCCCACCGGCUUCAUCUUCCUGGUACAGAAGGUGUUUUUGUUGCUGUUCAGGACUCUGGCACACAUCUACUGGUCUCACUUCCGGCAGACGCAAGCCCUGGGUCUGCACCCGCACCUCAACACGCUCUUCACGCACCUCACGCUCUUUUGCCGGCAGCAUGCGCUCCUGGAUGCCGAGGACACCGAACCACUGCAAGAUCUCAUCUCGGCUCUGGGACUGCAAAGAAGAACUUAAGACAAUAAAUGGCGUGAAGGUUUGCUUUAAGAAGCUGGGUCCACAGCAUCCGGCGCCAAAUACUUUAUGUCAAGAUUGAAAUGUUGCUGGUCAUUAAAAAGCCAAGACAUUAUUUAAUUGAGAAAAAAAAAAAGAGAAUCAACGGACGUAACUGACAAUCCAGUUAAAUGUGCAAUCGUGUUAAAGAUGUACACCCGCCAUAAGGUAUGAUAUCACAUUGUCAAGACUGCAUGAUACACACACAGUAUAAUCUCUGCUAUAUGAUGUAUUGAAUUAUUUUCAUGUAUUUGUAUGUACUCUUGUGCCAGAAACAUGUCUGAAAAAUAAAAUGUAUUUUACAGUAUUGCCUGUUUAGAUGCCAUAUUCCCAAAGUGGUCACCAAUCCAUCCAUUUUGUUACAAGACUUGUCCUCAUUAGGGUCCUGAAUGAGCUGGAACGUAUGCCAUCUGACUUUGGGAUACAACCUGGACCGGCUUCCAGUGCACAUGUACACCAUUAUUCACAUUCACACCUCUCGAUAAUUUAGUCAUCAUUGAACCUAAUGCGGUGCCGCGGUGGGGCAGCUGUAGAGCAUUGGGCUCACAGUUCUGACGACCAGGGUUCAAAUACUAACCCCAUCUGUGUGAAUUUUUCACGUUCCCCCCAUGCGUGCGUCGUUUUUUUCCCACAUCCCAAAAACAUGCAACAUUAAUUGCACACUCUAUAUUGCCCCUAGGUGUGAUUGUGAGUGUGACUUUUGUCUGCCUCCAUGUGCCCUGCGUUUGGCUGGCAACCAGUUUCGGCCCGAUGAAAACUGGGAUUGGCUCCAGCACUCCCGAGACCCUCAUGAGGAAAAGUGGCUCAGAAAAUGGGUGGCUGGAUGAACCUAAUGCAUGUACUCUUGAGUUUUUGGAAUGUGGGAGGAAAUUGCCCCCACCCCUGUGCUGACGAAAGCCAAUAGAGUAUGGGUGCACUUUGGAGUCAUCUCAAAACCCCUCUCAUAUAAAAACACUUGCCCGUCACACCAUAUUCUUAUUUACAUGGGUGGCUAACAUUAGCUAAAACACUUACCUGUGACUUGAUAUUGUUAUUUAUUCAGCUAAUGUAGCUAACUAAAAUUAGCUAAUGUCUAUAUUUACAAAUACAAACGGACUGCUGGGGACAAAUUCCUUAUGUUGUUACAUACUUGGCCUUUAAAACUGAUUCUGACAAUAUUGUGAUGUAUUCGUGAUUGGUCCGUAUUAUUUGAAAAAUACAAUGCUCCUGUGGCGUGAGUAGAGGUAUGGAAGUGACUCCACAAUGCACACACACUUUUCUUUUCCCUCAAGCUGAUCAUGCAACAACAGCGCUACCUGCUGGCAAAAGCCUCAGCAACUACUUCGUUCAAUUGAAGCCUACAUACGCAUUAGAUUAGUACCCCUUAAAGCCAAUUGUGCUUUACUACAUAUCGUAAUUUCUUGUGCAUAAUGCACAUUUUUACCCCCCAAAAUUGUAAAAAGUCAAAUUUGCUCAUUGUACAUUGAUUUAGGGGAAUAUUUUUUUAAAAAAAUCACAUUCAAGAAAUAUAUGUUGCCAUAUGGAAGUUCUGAAAAAGCUGUAUGCUUUCAUGCCAAUAUACCACCACCACCUAAAAGAAAGGUGUACCUUGCUCUUUAAGUGUAAACUUAUGACUGCAUAUAUGGACAGUUCUGCUCAUACAUACACUGGCAGAAUUUUUUAAAUACUUUUUUUCAAUUCGA